AAGCGCAGGGGGAGCGCGGCGCCCCGCAGCCGUGGGCCGGUGUUAUUUUGUAGAAGUGGGUGUGCCAGGAGACGGCUCAACAGGUCCCGACACAUUGCUCGAGAAGCCGCGCCGCGCGAACGGGACUUCGCCGCACGUAACGCUGUUCGCUGCUCUUCGAUCCCUCCGUGGGUCCGCGCGCGUCGCUCCGGCCGCGUCCGCCGCGCCGAGUGUCCGCCGCCGCCCGGGGACGUCGUCAGAUGGAGCGGAUCGGGCGCCUUCCUCUCGUCUGAUGUUAAAGUCAUGGAUUCCAAAGAAUUGCUUAAGUCGUCAGAUCAAGAAACCGGGAAAAAUGUGCUCAUGAGUACCAAAGGAGGGAUCGUGAUGGACUUCCAUCCACCCUUCAGGGGUGGAGCCUCCGCACAAGCCCCUGUAUCUGCAGCUCCUCUCCCCGUGUCUUCUCAGUCAGACUCUGCUCAGCAACCCGCUCUGGCUGACUUCUCAAAAGGAUUGGUAAACAAUGUGCCUCCGCCGGACCUGUCCAAGGCAGUGUCACUCUCCAUGGGACUGUAUAUGGGUGAAACAGAUGCGAAAGUGAUGGGAAACGACCUUGGAUUUUCACAACAGAGCCAAACUGGCAUCCCUUCUGGAGAAACGGACUUCAGGCUCCUGGAGGAAAGCAUAGCAAGCUUGAACAAGUCCUCGAGCCUGGCAGAGGACACGAAGGGAGCAGUGUCAUCCGAGGCGCCGCUGGAGCCGGACUUUGCGGGCAUGGCUGGCCGCGGCCCCCUGGAGCCGGGGGCUUCGGUCCAAAGCCAAGUCGGCUCCAACGGCGGCAGCCUGAAGCUGUUCUCUGAAGACCAAAGCACCCUGGAUAUCCUCCAGGACUUAGAAUUGCCAUCGGUAUCGCCUGGCAAGGAGCCGAAUGGGAGUCCGUGGCGGCUGGACCCGUUGCUCGAUGAUGGAGGUUUGCUGUCCCCCAUCUCUGCUGACGACACGUUCCUUCUGGAGGGAAACCUGGGGGAAGACUGCAAGCCCCCCAUUUUGUCUGACACUAAACCUAAAAUUAAUGACCGUGGUGACCUUUUACCCAGUUCCAAAAUGCCAAUGCCGCAAGUGAAAACGGAAAAGGAAGACUACAUUGAACUCUGUACUCCUGGCAUAAAGCAAGAAAACAUGGGCCCAAUUUACUGUCAGGCAAACUUCUCUGGGUCUAAUCUGCUGGGUACUAAAGUCUCUGCCAUCUCUAUCCAUGGUGUCAGCACCUCUGGGGGACAGAUGUAUCACUAUGAUUUAAAUACUGCAUCGCUCUCUCAGCAGCAGGAUCAGAAACCAAUUUUUAAUAUCAUUCCAUCUCUUCCUGCCAGUUCAGAAAAUUGGAAUAGGUGCCAGGGAUCAGGGGACGAGGCUCUAGCUCCCUUGGGAACGCUCAACCUUUCUGGCAGACCUGCUUUCUCUAACGGCUAUUCAAGGUAACCAGUUUUAUUUCUCUUUAUUAAAAUAUUGCAAGCGUACUCUGUGUAACUGUGUGCAUGCCGGGUUUGGUUUUUGCUGCUGGUCAGUUGUGGCUCUGUUGGUUGGCUGCUGGGCAUAGCUGGGUGCUGGGCUGUGCUGCCAAGGGGAAGAAAGGAGCAGGGCAGCAGACUGUUUA